UCAGCGGGAACCCGCAGCUUUUGAACCAGGAAGUGGAACGGGUUCGGCGGCGAUGGCCGCGGUUCUGUUGCAAGUUCUUGGCGCCUUCAGAACUGGAGCUCCUGGGAACCCCGGGACUACUGGAAAUCUCAGGAAUAAUGGAAACCCAAGUGGUUCUGGGGAUUCUGCGAACAAACCAUCCUACGGUCCCAGGAGUACUGUUGAUACUGUGAAGACUGGGGAUUUCGCGAACAUUAGAAAUUCGGGGAACUCUGGAGGCGCCGGGAAUACUGAAGAUCCCUGCAAUGCUAUACACCUCGGGAGGACUGUAGGUCCCGUGAGUUCGGUGGAUCCCGGGAUCUGGGACGGCUCGGACAUGGGGGGCUGCCUGUUGAUGGGGACGAGGUCCCAGGCCAAGACCUGGCUACUGUUCCAGGCCGCCGCCGCGGUGGCGGGCCGAGACGGGGGGCGGGUGCUCCUACUCGCCCCCCGCCCGCUACGGGCGCUGCCCGCCCCGCUGCUGCAGCUGGAGCCCCCCGGCCUACGGCGACUGCAGCUGGUGUACCCCCGCUCGGCCCGGCAGCUGCUGCACGCCGUGGCCUCCCUACACGAAAGUCCGGCCAGGCCGCCCGCCCUCAUCCUUCUGGACGGCGCCGACGAGUUCCUGCGGGGGGACCGGGACGUGGGCGGAGAGGCGGCCCUACUCGCUGCCCUGCUGCGGGACACUGCGGCCUGGGCCAACGGGAGGCUUUCCCCCAGCACCCAGUGCCAGGUCAUUGUAACCCUGCAGACUCUAACUCAAAUGGAGAAUGCUGCUGAUCUGGGCCUCCAAGUGUUGGAGCGUUACUUCUCAGUGAAGUGUAUGGUGAAUGAGCAACAAUGUCACGUGGAAGGGGCUCAAAGAUACCUCACUUCUUUCUCUGGACUGGUGAAGAAGGAGAUUGGAGGGGUGCGUGUACCUCAAAUCGAGGAGGACUACACCUGGGAACUGCUUUUUGAGGGUGACAAUAUUUCAGGAAUCCAUCGUGUAACAAGGGAAGAGAGGAAACGUGAAGUAGCCCAGGACGGGUGAGGACAGCAAGAAAGAGCAUUCAACUGAUUGAUGGUCAACUUUCGGAUGUAAGAGCUUUCAAGAUGCAUUUGAUAUUUUCUUCUUUAGCGUCCAACUCCACUUUGAGGACACUGACUGUCUUUGUUGUCACUGUUCCAUUUGUAAAAGACAGUUAACUAAGGUACUUGGUGCAUAGUAAAGGUGCCAGGUAUUUAACAAGACAAUAGAUAUGUUCAUCUUUAAUGUUUUGGUAAUAGUAAAACAAAAUGUCACUGCUAAAGGGUAUCAGGUAAGAGAGUGUGGGAGGCACUCAUCUGGUCAGGAGAGAAAAUAGCACUAUUAACAUUUCAGGAUGACAUCUUUCUGUCUUUUUCUCAAAGUACCAGUGGUGUUCAAACUGUUGGAUUUUGUGAUUCGGGUAGGAGGUUUGAAGACUGAAAAUCUUUAGUGGAUCAGUUACCAUUGCCAACUGGUAUAGACAUUGUGUAUAAAGUUAACUGCUGUAUUAUACAACAUUUCUAACCCAACAAAGACAAUUCCUGGCAGAUACGCCAUGGCAAGCUUUUAGACUGAGACCAAAGUUGCAAGUGGAGUUUGGAGGUCAAAGUCUUCAAAACCAGAAAAUGCAGGAGUUCAAAAAGAGAAACAGAGUUUGAUGUUUCAAGGCAAAGACUGGAAAAGUAAAAUAAAGUCAGUUCAUUCUAUGUGGCAGAGGGAGAGAUGUACAAUAUAGGUACCACAACAUGCUGUGUUUCCAGCAGUUUUGUUUUAGCUUUAGAUUUCCUUUGGAUAGUCUUUACUGCUAGAGUGACUAAUCGACAAUGUAUUUCAAUGGGAUGAGCUUCAGAGAAGAGGUUUCCAUCUCCACAUCACUCAAUAACAACAUCGUUGAUCACGGCCAAAAGGGAAAUCUUAAUGGCUUUAAUGGUCAGAGGCAAAAUAACACAGGUCACAAACAGGAUCAAUGCCAGAGAUCAGAGCUUCUGCUGCAGAGCACGCAGUUUAUCUGCCCUUCCCCACUUCUUUUCAAUUUUAAUUAUGAGGGCUGAAUAAAGAUUUAUUUAUUUUAUGAUUACAGUCCUGCUUUUAACUUCACCACAAGCCAUGUCAGAAAACGCAGACCCAAAAUCCUCACCUCAGGGAUAAUUUGCUUUGAAGUCUUUUGGCACAAGCUAUGUAUUUCUUUCUGUUUGGACAGGAUUAUUUUCCUCUUCAGGAAGGGUUGAAUUUCAUCACAAUUUCCUGUUGCUGUCAGAUUGAUCUCCAUCUGGAAGUGUUUGUCAGAAGUGUUCGGUAAAUAUUCAAGUUUUUCUAUAACAGCCCCAGGUCUGACUGGUUGCUGAUGUACCAUGUCCAGACAGAAACAUUGGUCAGAUACUAAGAAUGGGUCCAGUCUCUGCAUUCAAACAGAGCAGUUGCCAAUGAAGGAUGUGGUGACAAUUUCUUCUAAGAGAGGUUUAAAAUAAACCAAUUGAGUUUUAUUUUUCAAGCUACUUUGAAGAAUUAUUUCUUGAUGUUGCCAUUUAUACUACCUUGGAAUAAAAAUUAACUUGUUUGUGUG